UGCUACAGUUGUUACAUGAUUAAAUUGUGGAUGACUGUAGAAAACGGAGCAAGCAUGGACCUCACCAACCUCUUCAAGUCCUGCGUCAAAACAAUACGGACGAGGAACAAGGCCAUGGGCGUGACCCUACCCCAGACCAAGAUCUUCCCAAGCUCCCCCACCGCCUUCUCGCAGUUUUACUCAAAAGCCAAGGACAUCCAGAGCAAUAUCUCCAGCCAUCGGAACUUGCUGGAUGACCACCGGAAGAAAUACCUGCAGAUUGAGGAUCAGUCAAUGUCAGAUUAUGAAAGGACCUACAUGGAAAAGGUGGUCACCACAAACCUCCGCAUCAUAGACGACAACAUCCGUGCCUUGGAAAUGACAGAGAAGUGUUCCAAAGACGCCUCUGAUUGCCAGCAGAGUAUUCUGUCCAUUCUGAAGCAGAAUUUCCAGCAGAUCAACUCAGGCUUUAAAGAGAUGAAAGAAGCUAGGUGUAAAAAGCAAAAAGAGAAGGAAAAUCUCUCGAGGCUGCAGCGACCCGCAGGCACCAAGAAGAAAUCCAAAGACCAUGGUUCUGAUACACUAGAUGGCUCUAUGUCAGGCUCAUGGUCACAGUCCAGUGAUAGUCAACACACAGACCAAAGAAACCUAGAAGACCAGCACUUGGACGAGAGCAGACUUAAAGGGAGCGAAAACAAAGUGGGAAACAGCACAGCAACAGACAGGUCAAGCGCCGUAAUAGAGGAGGAGGUGGAGAAGAUGCUCGGUGAAUUGAGUUCCGAGGAGAGGCAGAUGUUGGAGGAGGAGAAUGCACACCUCUAUAAAGAACUCAUGUCCAAUCAGGAAGAGGUUCGACAGAUUACUAGACAGGUGGUAGAAUUGGGUCAGAUGCAGAAUAUGUUAACAGAGAAUGUUGAUAUUCAGGCCCAUCAAAUAGAGGAGAUUCACGAUACAAUUUUGACAGCAACUGAAAAUGUUCGGGAAGGUAAUGAGCAGGUCCGGGAAGCGAUGAGAAAGGACGCAGGUUUUCGGGUAUGGAUCAUGUUCUUCCUGAUAGUCAUGUCAUGUACGAUUCUUUUCCUGGACUGGUACAACAGCUGAGUGUACGUAUUGAGGAGGAAAAUAGGAGACACAAAGGCUGUAAUGCACACUAGGCCACAUCCAGGAGUUUUCCGUUUGAUAAGGAUUUGUGUAAUAUCAGUUAUGCUAAGUAAAAGGCAGAGUGGCUAAGAACCUGUUGCUAUUGAACUCCUUGUAUCGAUAUACAUGCAAAUCAUUCAUAAACGGUUUGUUUUUUAUGGUUACUUAGGAAAAGUUUACUUCAAAAUGGCUAAAUAUAUGCAAAUCACAUCACAACUUUUAAAGGCCUUAACUAUAUAGAGAGAGAAAAAAGCAAACGCUAACCUCAUAUACACACAUUUCACAUUUCUGCAGCUGUCAAUAGUCAUGUUAUUUUGCCAGCAUCGUAUGUUAUUAUACCCUGAGUUUGAGCAUAAGCUUUUCUUCCAUGACUGAUAUUGUGUAAGUAUUGUUGAAUAUUUUUUAAGGUGCUUUGUUUUUUUGUCAGAGGAUGUAUCUGUAAUAUUGUCUUUCUUGUGGAUAUUUAAAGAAUAUAUUUCCUC